CAAAAUUUUGAUAUUAAAUCUUUAAGAGAAAAAUAUGGAUUAAAUAACCAGAGUAGUGAAACAUAUUUUUUUAAAAAUAAAAAUGGCGACAUGUUGUAGUUUCUGGCAGCGGUCAGCUGAUUCUUGUUAUGGUUAUAAUUUUCGUAGCAAAAUUUUUAAAUUUUGACACAAAGUCUGAGUGCAAUAAGGUAACUUCUGUCCGAUACCAAGUAAAUAUUUUAGGUUUAGUAGAAUAAAAUGUGUAAUAAAAAUUGGAGGAAAUGGUGCCGGCUUUGUGGAGAAGAAAAUGGUUCAAAAGUAGAUAUAACCAUAAAAAUGGAAAAUCACGAUACUUUGAGUGUAUCGGUUGUUAAAUAUUUUGGAAUACAAAUUUCCGAAAACAUCAAUAAAACUGCCAAAGUCUGUUUAGUGUGUUAUGACAUUAUUGACUCAAUCAUAAACUAUAAUGCACGCAUAGAGAAAGUUAACUGUAUGUUUCUAGAGCUGGAAAACUAUUAUCAGACAAAUGAACAAAACCAGGAUUUAAAAUUUUUAAGAGAAAAAUAUAAGCUAGUUGAUCAAGAGGACAAGGUAACUGGAUUGGAAAUAGGGAAUCAUAAUCUCCAUAAAAGAAACCUUUUAAAAUUUAAAUCGGUAUGUGUCGUAGACGAAACUGUUGAUAACAGGAACGAAGUAACAGAAGAAGAAUUUUCAGAAAGCGCAAUCAGUUUGAAUGAAAAAAACGAUGUUAAUAUAUUUGAAAAGGACACAACACCUGCAAGUGAAAAUGAUUCAAGAUAUGAUUUUUCAGAAGUAGAAGAAAAAAAGUUCGAAUGCCCCAAAUGUGGAAAAUUCUUCAAAUUCAAGAGGUAUGUUGGUGAUCACAUUCGCAAAGUUCAUAAAAAAGAUAGACGAUUUGUUUGUGAUGUGUGCAGUAUGGAGUAUGAAACUAAAAAAGACUUAACUGAUCAUUUUUCUACUCAUAAAGAGGAACGAAAAUAUAAAUGCUCCAGUUGUGAAAAAGACUUUAAGAAAAAACAGGAUUUAAGGAGACAUGCGGCUGUUCAUGAUGGUAUAGGAUGUAUUUGUCAAAUAUGUGGUCUUAAACUCAAAACAAGGAAGCUGCUAAGAAGCCAUAUGGUUAUGCAUUCCGAUAAGAAAAAAUUUAAAUGCAAUUUUUGCUUUAAAGAGUUUAAAAGAACGAAAGAAUUUAAAAAUCAUUUAAUAUUACAUACGGGUCUAAAACCUUAUGAAUGCCCGUUUUGCAAAUUGAAUUUCGCAAAUGGUUCAAAUUGUCGUAAGCAUCAAAAAAACGUUCAUCCCACAGAAUUAGCAACUCAAGAAUUAAAAGGCAAAAAACAAAAUUCGAAACCCAUUCCAACUAUAGAAGAAUUGAACACGUUAGUUUACCAAAAAGUCUCGUAAAGAAAAUCCAAUUUUGCUCAAAUCUAUUGCAAAAUUUUUAAAGGUCAAAGAUUAAUUAAGUUGAACCAUCUUUUCAAAUAUAUAUGGUGGCAUAUAAAACUUAAAAAAAAAACAAAGAAUUUUUAAUGUUUUAUUCCAUCAAAUCAAUUUUUUUAAUUAACACAUUUUAUUUCAAUAUUAAUAAAAAAACUUCAUAAAAUAAAGUAUAAGAAUUAACGAAAAUAACAAAAAACAAUUAAAAAUUCUUAGGUGUCUCAUGGGUAGUUUUGCCUGCUUUUACAUUUAAAAGAAAAUUUUAAUAUUUAUGCAUGUAAUUUUAGAACAUUGACUACUUUGUUUUAAUAACGUUUUUGGUAUGUCUCGUAGUUGACGGAAAUACAGGCCUGGGUCCUAAGACAGUUCGCAUCUGACGAAUUUAUACUUAUUAUGGGAUCUAUAGAGGGCCCAAAAUAAAUAGCCCACAAGAUUAACUUUUUUCAAAUUUUUACAUUCUUUAAGUUUUGUGUUAUUAAAACAUUAAGAAAUUGAUUUAAAAAAAGCAUUCCAGGUUCUGUUCAUUUUUUUAAGAUUUCA